AUGUCAAACCAUAAACUUCUGCGACCAGAUGCUAAAGUGACUCAUGUUAUUUUCGACGUGGACGGAUUACUGUUGGACACAGAGCGGAUCUACACCGAAUGUUUCCAAGAAAUCUGUGCUGAGUUUGAUAAGGAAUUCACCUGGGACAUCAAAGUCAAACAAAUGGGCAAAAAGGAAAAAGAAUCAGGACAGGUGCUGCUAGACACUUUAAAUUUGCCGCUGUCUCUGGAUGAGCUGAUAAGAAAAUUGAGAGAGAAACUUGAUGAGAAGCUCCCGUUUACAGAACUCCUGCCAGGUGCAGAGAAACUAAUUCGACACCUGCACAAUCAUCACAUUCCCAUUGCACUGGCAUCUGGUUCUGAUGGUUGGUGUUACCGCAGGAAAAUUGCCAGCCACAAGGAACUGUUCAGCCUGUUCCACCACUGUGUAUUGAGCAGUGAUGACCCAGAGGUAACACACGGAAAGCCAUCUCCAGACUGUUUUCUUGUGUGUGCCAGGCGGUUUGAUGACAGCCCUAAGCUGGACCAGGUGCUUGUAUUUGAGGACGCCCCCAAUGGUGUGGAGGCUGCGCUGGCUGCUGGCAUGCGAGUCGUCUGGGUGCCUGAUGAUCGAGCUGAUAGAUCCUCCUUUGAAGGGCGUGUGGAUUUGAUCCUCGACUCCUUAGAGAAUUUCAAGCCAGAGUGUUUUGGUCUGCCAGCCUUCAACAGUAGUUGA